CCACAGGUCGAUGCCGGAAGUGCCUCUCCGCCCCUGCUACUGGACCAUGGAGACCGUGGCCCAGUAGAGACCUUAGUGUGAGGCUUGCAGGGGCGGUGGCCAUGGAGGCCGUGCUGAACGAGCUGGUAUCUGUGGAGGACCUGAAGAAUUUUGAAAGGAAAUUUCAGUCUGAGCAGGCAGCUGGCUCUGUGUCCAAGAGCACGCAGUUUGAAUAUGCCUGGUGUCUGGUUCGAAGCAAAUACAAUGAUGACAUCCGUAGAGGCAUCAUGCUGUUGGAGGAGCUGUUGCCCAAAGGGAGCAAAGAGGAACAGCGGGAUUAUGUCUUCUACCUGGCAGUGGGCAACUACCGGAUCAAGGAGUAUGAGAAGGCUCUGAAGUAUGUACGAGGACUGUUACAGACUGAGCCCCAGAACAACCAGGCCAAGGAGCUGGAACGCCUGAUUGACAAGGCCAUGAAGAAAGAUGGACUGGUAGGCAUGGCCAUCGUUGGUGGCAUGGCCCUGGGUGUGGCGGGCCUGGCUGGACUCAUUGGACUGGCUGUCUCCAAGUCCAAAUCUUGAAGGCAGCCUCACCUGCUCUCUGCCCCUGGACACCUGGGAGCCCGGGGGACACUGGAAGAGGGGCCUGUCCAUCCUCACCAUCGCCUUCCCUUUCCUCCUGCACCCCUGUCAUCCACCUCUACAGUCUCCAUGACCCCCAGCCUCCUGUCACCUGUACCUGUCGUUUAACCCUGUCAUGCUUUGCAAUGAGUGUAAAUAAAAUUGGGCCGUGGCUUGGGAA